AUGGGCUGCAAUCUGUGCACUUUACAGAAGCGCGAGGAACACUAUAAGCUGCUGUAUGACAUUGCACAGGUCAGUGGCAAAGAGCUGUCCAAGUCCAGCCAUGAGGAGACGCUGGAGAGCUUUCUCCCCGCCAUGGACCCCGUCGUGGUUCAGGUCAUCCGGCGAACCCCCAGUGUCCGUCCCCAUGGUCCGCCUCAGGAAAUCCAGUUGGUCGAUGUGUGCACUCAGACUGACAUCACCUUCGAACACAUUGUGGCACUGGCAAAGCUGCGGCCUUCAACGCCUCCUGUGCCUGAUGACUGUCCCUUCUUACUCAGCGACAGCUGUCACUCCCUUCACACCGUGGAGCAAGAUUUCUACGAAGGCACCGACUACCUCUCGCCACUUCCGGCAGACGCUGACAGGACGGAAGAGUUGGAAUAUGAGGAAGUGGAAUUGUGCCGACUCAGCAGCCAAGAAAAGCUAGGGCUGACACUGUGCUACAGGACGGACGAGGAAGACGACGUUGCCAUCUAUGUCAGCGAGAUCUGUCCCAACAGCAUCGCUGCCAAAGACGGUCGUAUUCGAGAGGGGGACCGCAUAUUGCAGAUUAAUGGCCAGGAUGUGCAGGACCGAGAGGAAGCCAUGGCUGCGCUCUCCAAUGAAGAGUGUCGGAGCAUCCUACUGCUGGUCGCCAGGCCUGAGAUGCAGCUGGAAGAGGCCUGGCUGGAUGACGAGCACAGCGAGUUCCUGGAACAGCUCAAGAUGGAAAUGCUGGAGGAACAGCAGCGCGAGGAGAUGGAGUUGGCCGCCUUCCAGGAGGAGCAGGAGAGUGAACAGCGGGAAGACGACGACAAGCCCACCUGCUCCACACUCCCUCAGCCUCAGGAAAGAGGUCGGAAUCUGAAAGAGAGACUGGAAAAUUCCGAGCACAACGUCCUGGCACAAAUACAGAGACGCCUGUCACAAUGCCUUCGUGACAAGAGGGACCCGCGUCGCCAUGAGGAUGAGGACGACAAAGAAGACGUGGCGGCGGGCGAUCGCUUCCAGCAGCUUCUGGAGCUAAAGUGCCAGAUCCGGAACAGCGGCGAGUACGACCUCUUCUACAGCCGCCGCAGCACCAUCGAGUGCAGCGUGGCAGAGCCAGGCGGCGUCCAGCACGAGCUGCGCAUGCUCAACGAGGAGCUGCGAAGCAUCGAGCUGGAGUGCCAGAACAUCAUGCAGGCGCACAAGCUUCGCAAUGGUCAGCAGUCGGCGAGUCCCCUUCGAGGAGAACUUGGCAAAGGCAAGCUGACCGACAUCAACGAGAGGCCGGAAAAGUCCGACAAGGACAGCUCCAGCGCCUAUAACACAGCCGAGAGCUCACGGAGUACCCCUCUGGCUAUGGAUCGCUCCCCUGAACACUCCCUCCAGAGGAUGGUGAGCCUCACCAACCAGAGGAACCUCCACAGCAGCCUCGCCACCGGACCCUCGCUCAGUCCUAGUCCGGUCCCACUUCUGGGCAAGAGCAGCAGUCCGGACCACAGCGAUCGCUCAGAGUCGGACCAGAUGCUCCGACCCGAGGAGGACCGACGCCGAGGGAAAUCUAAGCCCCGGGUGACACAGAUCCCUUACUUCUCCCCAUCGCACAGUUCUCAUCAUCGGCAAGGCGACAUCCCCGCUCACGCUCGCCAUUACCAGAGCUAUAUGCAGCUCAUCCAGCAGCGCUCGGCCGUUGAGUACGCCCAGAGCCAGCUCAGCCUGCUCAGUGUGUGCAACAAAGAGCCUAUGGCGGCACCUCUGCUCCUGGAUGAGCCUAAGAUGGAGUGGAAGGUGAAGAUCCGCGGCGACGGUACGCGCUACGUCACCAAACGGCCGGUGCGCGACAAAAUCCUACGGGAGCGAGCGCUGAAGAUCAAAGAGGAGCGCAGCGGCGGUAUGACCACAGACGACGACGCCAUGAGCGAGAUGAAGAUGGGUCGCUACUGGAGCAAGGAGGAAAGGAAGCAGCACCUGCUGCGCGCCAAGGAGCAAAGGAAGCGUCGAGAGUUCAUGCAGCGUAGCCGGCUGGAAAGCCUGAAGGAGAACCCGCAGAGCAGCAGUGGCGAGGCCAGCCGCAAGGAAGUCAGUAUCAUCGAGUUGAGCCACAAGAAGAUGAUGAAAAAGCGCAACAAGAAGAUCCUGGACAAUUGGAUGACCAUCCAGGAACUGAUGACACAUGGGACCAAAGCUCCGGAGGGGGCGCAGGUACACAACGCCUUCCUGUCGGUCACUACUGUGUAA